CCCCCCGACCGCCCCCCUGCCAUCAGUCUUGGUAGCGCGUGCGCGGAUUCCCAGGCGGCGGCGGCGGUUAGCGCGUCCCUCCCUGCUCCAGUGAGGGGGGGUGCAGACGAGGUUCCUCAGUGACCCGCCCCCGGGAGCAGGGGGCGGUGCCUGCUGUCCCCUCCUUUCUUCCUCGCCUCGCCACCGGCGGCGGGUGUGCAAGGGGGCUGAGCUCGAUUUCUUCCGUGGCGGCGGCGGCUCAGCUCAGCUCAGCUCAGCUCAUCGUCUGUCCUCUCCGAGGCGGCGGCAGGCAGCGCUCUCCGGAGAAGGGGCCGGACCCGCCCGUCGGGAGGAGGCUGUGGGCGGCUGCGCUCCGUUCGGGCGGGCGCCCCUGGCUGUUUCCGGAGGAAGGAGAGACGCAACUAUCCCCCUCCCCCCUCAGCGCGAGCGGAGCCCGGAGUCACCGCGGCGCAGAGACAGGCCCGGCGGGCGGCGGCGGCGCACACACACACAAUGGCGCUCAAACGCAUCAACAAGGAACUUAGUGACUUAGCCCGUGACCCUCCAGCACAGUGUUCUGCAGGUCCAGUUGGAGAUGAUAUGUUCCAUUGGCAAGCCACAAUUAUGGGACCUAAUGACAGUCCAUAUCAAGGCGGCGUAUUCUUCUUGACAAUUCACUUUCCUACAGACUACCCUUUCAAACCACCUAAGGUUGCAUUUACAACAAGAAUCUAUCAUCCAAAUAUUAACAGUAAUGGCAGCAUUUGUCUCGAUAUUCUAAGAUCACAGUGGUCUCCUGCUUUAACUAUUUCUAAAGUUCUCUUAUCCAUUUGUUCACUGUUAUGUGAUCCAAAUCCAGAUGACCCCCUAGUGCCAGAGAUUGCACGUAUCUAUAAAACAGACAGAGACAAGUACAAUAGGUUAGCAAGAGAGUGGACAGAGAAAUACGCUAUGCUGUAGGAUACAACAGAAUAUCUCGGGAAUGGACUCAGAAGUAUGCCAUGUGAUGAUACCUUAAAGUCAGAAUAACCUGCAUUAUAGCUGGAAUAAACUUUAAAUUACUGUUCCUUUUUUGAUUUUCUUAUCCGGCUGCUCCCCUAUCAGACCUCAUCUUUUUAUUUUUUGUUUACCUCCUUCCAUUCAUGCACAUGCUCAUCUGAGAAGACUUUAGUUUUUCCAGCUUUGGACAAUAACUGCUUUUAGAAUCUAUAAAGUAGUUACACAAGAACAAUUGCCCAACAUUCAGAAAUUUUUUUAAAAGGAGCAUGUGUAUUAUGUGGCCAAUGUCUUCAUUCUAACUUGGUUAUGAGACUAAAACCAUUCCUCACUGCUCUAACAGAUACUGAAGAUAGCACCUGAGGGGAGGGGAGAUGGAUGUUCACUUUUCUCACAUCAAUGGAAGUAACAUUGCAGUAGCGACAUCCAUCCUGUUUUAAACCUUCCAGUGUUAGAGAUUUGAGGUUUUUAUUAUAUGCUUAUGCUCAUAACUGACAUGGCUGAAGAAUUGGUACAGAAUCUAUAGCAUCAGAAUCGAAAAUGUGAUGUAUCUUAUGCAUGUCAAUAAAAGAAUGACCAGUUCUUGUUCUACAGAGAAUGAAAAUUUGGAAGUCAAACGUCCCUUGUAUUCCAAAAUAGGGUCUCGGAACAUUUUUGUAAUUCAUUUAAAUUUUGUUAGGAGGCUUGGAGCUAUUAGUUAAUCUGUCUUCCAGAACACUGUUUAAUAUAGCACUGAAUAAAUGAAGCAAGUUGUCAAUGGAUGAGUGAUCAACUAAUAGCUCUGCUAAUAACUGAUUUAUUUUCUUCAAUAAAGUUGCAUAAACCAAUGAGUUAGCUGCCUGGAUUAAUCAAUAUGGGAAACAAUCUUUUGUAAAAGCAAAGCUGGUUUUUGUAUAUACUGUUGGGAUUUGCCUCAUUGUUUGACAUCAAAUAAUGAUGUAAAGUUCAAUAGAGUGAAUCUUUUGCCAUUUUCAGUUAUAAUACUUGGUCUGUUGCAGGUUGACACAUUGAUCAGCCUGAUGUAUGCAGAAUUAAUAAGCUAACCUAGUAGUGUAGCCUUAGUGUGCUAUACUUGGUACUGGGAGCCCAGAGUUCAGGGAUGGACUUGGGACCCAGCAGAUCUGAAGUGGUGUAUUGUGGAGGCAUUUCCAGAUGCACCCUGUUUGCUGACUGAGAAGCUUUUCUUCACCUUGUACACACGAUAGCUGAAAGAUCUUAAUGCGGGAGUAAUAAUGGGGCAAAAACUGCAAAAUAAAGUACUGUUUUGAUGUGGGAGUUGUCAUGAGGCUGUGUUGAAGUGACUUUACUAUGUGGGAUGUUUGUUGUUCAUUGAAAAGGACUUGUUCUGCCAUGCUGCCAUUUACAUUAAUGAAUAUUUUAAUACAACAGACAUUUAUUUCAGGUGACUAAACGUGAAUGAAUAAAGAGUCAUUGCUA